AUGCUCGGCUCAAAAACCCUCAUUCUAACCUCAACUUACCCCGCCGACCUCUCACCGCCACCCACUAGCCGUCGCUACCGCUUACGCCGCUGCUUCAUUACAACACUGCAUCUCGUGAGCCUGCUGGCCAGCUUGAUCGCCAUUUCACUUUUUUCUGCCGCUAUUCCCAGAUGGAACGCCAAUUUCUUCCAUAACACAGGGCCCAACCGGGGCGACUGGACCGAUGGCAUGCCUCUGGGGCCUCUGGCCUUCGCCUUCCUUUAUCACGCGAUUGUCUUGAUCCAUGGCCGAGUGCAAAAGAACUCACGAUCGGCUGGGAACUCAACCCACGGCUCCUCACUUUCCCGCCCAUCCCUGAUCAUCCACACAGCCGCCUCCAUUCUUGUACUGCUCAGCCUUCUUCCGGCUCUUCUCCUCGCAGGCUACGGCUCCUUGUUUCGUCUCUGGCAGCCAGCAGUUCGCACACAGUCCGGAAUCCUGGUUUGCAACAUGCUGAACAUCUUCGCUCGCGAGUGCGAGCCGACGCUCUACCACAUCGGGGGCCUGCAACUUGCCGGGAUCGUCUUCGGUACGCUUGUGUGGAGCUUGCAUUUUGUCUUGUUCCUGGUGAGUCUACGUAACCUGAGGCGCUGCAUGCUAGUCAAGCAGCUGCAACGGGAGAAGAUUGCGCAGUAUGCCCGGAGCGAGCGGAGCUCCUCUCGGGGAAGUAGGCAAGGCUAUGCCAGUCGACAUGGCCCCACUCUGAGCUAUGGUUCGGGAGACCAUAGCACUGCUUGGCCCCAACAUGUGCAUUCAGAGCGAUACCGAGGAAGCGGUUCUAGGUUUAGCUUAAACUCUAAGCCUAGCCCAGGGUCAGGAUCAAGAAGCAAUUCGCAUAGAGGGAGAACUAGUGACAGCCAGCACAGUGGGUCAGUAACAGAAGCGAAAGAGCACCAGCAGGAGGUGCCUAUCUAUUUCGUUCAGGCCCCCAGACAGACACAUCCGCCCGCGUCGCACCGGUAU